CGGUGAGUCCGCUCCUAUCGAUUGCGCGGCCGCACGGCGUGCACGUUCCCUACGACCGAGGACAUCCGUCUCCUUCCUACCCGUCUCCCCCGUCGGCGAUCUGACGCCGAUUGGCGACGAGAGCAACCCCAAUAUCGUGAGAGACCAGCGGGCGACCACGAGCGACGGACAGCAAGAUGACGCCGGAAGGAUAUACGCGCGUUUACGUGGGCGGGUUGAACGAGAGCAUCAAGAAGGAGGAUCUGCAGGUGGAGUUUGAGAAGUACGGCAAGCUGAACAAGGUGUGGGUGGCGUUCAACCCGCCGGGCUUCGCGUUCAUCGAGUUCUUCAACAUGAACGAGGCCGAGCUGGCGUGCUGCAACCUGAACGGCAUGGAGAUCAUGGGUGCGAAGUUGAGAGUGGAGAUAUCGCGGGGUAGGGGCCGCGGUGGCGGUAGGGGCGGUGGCUCGGGUGGUUUCCGCGGGAGUCGCGGGGUUGGCGGUAGGGACUUCGGCUCACGGGGCGGCACCACCGCGGGUUACCGCGGCAGUACUUACGGGGAUUACGGAGGCAGCUAUUAUACAGGCAGGGGUGGCGGAAGUAGGGGCAGAGGUCGUUACGGAGAAGACUAUAUGUUCAAUCGCAGCAGCGGGUAUGUUACGCGCGACGGAUAUACGCAGGACGUCUACGGUGGUAGUAGCGGGGACACCGGCGCCGACUACUACACCGGGAAGGACACGAGCACAGCGAGGUAUCGAAGCCGCUCUCCCGCCGGCCGUGGCAGUCAUCGUCAUCUACGUGAAUGCACAUAAAAGAACUACGCUGCGUCUUGCCAAUCUGAACUGCGGGCCACUCAGCCACCCGCCUUCGACGACUUCAUUUCUGUCCAAUCUACACAGCGAC